AUGGAUAAGGUGCAGACGGAGUGCAGGUCAGGACCGUAUGGACAAUAAGGAAAGGGAGGAGGUGCCAUUAGGCUGCUUUGUAAUUACUCUGCUCUGGUCUCUUUGUUUACAGCGGCAUGAAAAGAGGGAUGAACUUACGGGGGGAUGAACUUACUUUAAGACCCCACUGUCAGUUUUUUAUCAUCCUGCACUUCAUUGCUGAAUGUAACAUACACCCUGCUGAGUCGGGCCUUUGCUUUUUGCUUGUACUCUAGCCAACACGCCACUGUUCUUCUGGUUCCACUUUCUAAAUUUUCUAAUAACUUUUUCUUUGAUGUUUGUCAUUUUUAUUUGGAAGUCACAUUUACUUCCAAAGCCAAGCUCAGGACUGACUUCAUCACAGGAAAUCAGCCAUAACAGCUUUAGCUACACUUGCCUUGUUAGACUGCUACUGUAGAUGUAAGAAGCAACUACCAGGCACACUGAUGGAGACCCUGAACAAUCGUGCAUUAUCUCUGCUGUUGGUGUAUUUUUUUAUUUUUGAGGUGGAGAGCAGUGUGGAAGCAAACAGCUCUAAAAGUGAGGGUGCUCAGAAACAUCCAUCACACUCCUCUGAGAGCAAAGCCAGUCGGUGCUCCUACACCUUUAUCGUUCCCCAGCAGAAGCUGACUGGAGCUCUUUGCUUAAACACAGCAAGAACCAACAACUCAGAGACGGCUGCCUUACGUGCUCAACUGAGCCAGCAACAGGAACAGCUGGAGAAACUGAGGGUACGUCUGGAGCAGGAGGAGGUAGUGGCAAGUGAGAUUAACACACUGCGUCAAGAGAGCAGUACCAUGAAUGCACGCAUCACCCAGCUGUACGGCCAGCUGCUGAAUGAGCUCCUCAACAAGCAGGAGCAGGCUGUGGAGCAGAGGCGUCUAGAAGAGCUGCUGGUAAACACAACCUUGCAGGUGCUUCAGCUAUCCAGCAGCUACAGAGAGCUGGAGAGAAAAUACGAAGGACUUGUUUCCCUGGUGAAUAACCAGAGUCAGAUAAUCAUGAACAUGGAGAAACAGUACCAGGAAUGUGUUGUCGCUAAAGAUAAACAGGAGGUUUCAUCAUCAGCAGGGAAUCAGUCUGACAGGCUGCAGAACAAGAGCUCUGAGCCCAAAGUUGCACUCAGCAAUGUUCAGAGGGAUCAGAGUGCACCUUCACAACAAAACCCCAAACUGCAGGAGACAGCUGAUCUUCCUACAGAAGCUCCUUUUAUCAGUUUCCCUGCCACUAAGACUCCAGGACCGUGGCGAGACUGCCAGCAUGUCCUGGACUCAGGAGAAAGCACAAGUGGCAUCUAUCUGCUGCGUCCUCGCAACUCCAACCGUCUGUUCCAAGCAUGGUGUGAACAGAGCCGUGUUCAAGGAGGCUGGACUGUCAUCCAGCGGAGACUGGAUGGCUCUGUUAAUUUCUUCAGAACAUGGGAUCAGUACAAGCAAGGCUUUGGGAAUCUGGAUGGUGAGUAUUGGCUGGGUCUGGAGAGCCUUCACUGGCUCACCUCUCAGACCUCUUACAAGCUCAGAGUGCUCUUGGAGGAUUGGCAAGGCCGGCAGGCAUUCGCAGAGUACGAGAGCUUCCGUAUAGAGCCUGAGACUGACUGGUACCGUCUAAGACUGGGCACCUACCAGGGUACUGCUGGUGAUUCGCUCUCCUGGCACAACAACAAAGCUUUUACUACACUUGACCGCGAUAAGGACGCCUACUCAGGAAACUGUGCUCAUUACCAAAAGGGGGGCUGGUGGUAUCACAUGUGUGCCCACUCUAACCUGAAUGGGGUUUGGUACCGAGGAGGCCAUUACAGAGGUCGCUAUCAGGAUGGAGUUUACUGGGCUGAGUUCCACGGAGGCUCGUACUCCCUGAAGAGGGUCACCAUGAUGAUCAAACCCAUUUAACCUUAAGUACAGGAGAAAUAAAGCCAGAUAUGUUUACUACUGAACUGUACAGACAGAAAAUCAUCCAGAUACAGAACCCUCAUGUGGAUGGUUAUGUUAGAUUCUACUGGGUUUGGAUUUGUUUGGGUUAUACUAUUUGUCAAAUGUUAUUUUAGUCAUUAAUGGGUUUUAAAGAUUAUAAGAGAUUAUGAGCACAGCUUAAUAUGUACUACAUCUUUGAGUUAAUGUCAUUUAAGCAUUACUUUUAUUUAGUGAAUUAAUAUGUUACAUUGCAUUCUGUUCUUAGUAUUAAUGCUUGUAUGACAUGUUUCAGGGUAAAAAAAAAGUAUAAAUUCAUUAGCAGGGUAGUGCUUUUUAAUGCCCAAACAUUACAGGAUAUUUAGCCUACCUACUGAAUGAAUUAUAAUUAAUUUUGCUUUUAUAUAUUAUUAUUUUUUAGUUUUUAACUAAUUAUUUAGUAAUCAAAUGGAAUCAUAUAAGCAAGAUCAUCUUAAAAGCUACUAAGAAAUACACCGAUAAGGCAUAACAAUAUGACCACCUUCCUAAUAUUGUGUUGGUCCCCCUUCAUCGAGGCAUGAACUUCACUAGACUCCUGAAGGUGUGCUGUGGUAUCUGGCACCAAGAUGUUAACAGCAGAUCCUUUAACUCCUGUAAGUUGUGAGGUGGGACCUCCAUGGAUUGGACUUGUUUGUCCAGCACAUCCCACAGAUGCUUGAUUGGAUUGAGAUCUGGGGAUUUUGCAGGCCAAGUCAACAUCUCAAACUUGUUGUGCUUCUCACACAAUUCCUGAACCAUUUCUGCUUUGUGGCAGGGUGCAUUAUCCUGCUGAAAGAGGCCACAGCCAUCAGGUAACAUGAAAGGGUGUACAUGGUCUGCAACAAUGCUUAGGUAGGUGGUACGUGUCAAGGUAACAUCUACAUGGAUGGCAGGACCCAAUGUUUCCCAAAGCAUCACACUGCCUUCGCCGGCUUGCCUUUUUCCCAUAGUGCAUCCUGGUGCCAUGUGUUUCCCAGGUAAGUGACACACAUGCACCCGGCCAUCCACGUGAUGUAAAAGAAAACAUGAUUUAUCACACCAGGCCACCUUCUUCCAUUGCUCCAUGGUCCAGUUCCAAUGCUCAUGUGCCCAUUGUUGGCGCUUUUGGCCGUGGACAGGGGUCAGCAUGGGCACCCUGACUGGUCUGCGGCUAUGCAGCCCCAUAUACAACAAACUGCAAUACACUGUGUAUUCUGACACCUUUCUAUCAGAACCAGCAUUAACUUCUUCAGCAAUUUGAGCUACAGUAGCUCGUCUGUUGGAUCGGACCACACGGGCCAGCCUUCACUCCUCACGUGCAUCAAUGAGCCUUUGCCGCCCAUGACCCUGUCGCCGGUUUACCACUGUUCCUUCCUUGGACCACUUUUGAUAGAUACUGACCCCUGCAGACCGGGAACACCCCACAAGAGCUGCAGUUUUAGAGAUGCUCUGACCCAGUCAUCUAGCCAUCACAAUUUGGUCCUUGUCAAACUCAUUCAAAUCCUUACACUUGUUCAUUUUUCCUGCUUCUAAUACAUCAACUUUGAGGAUAAAAUGUUCACUUGCUGCCUAAUAUAUCCCACCCACUAACAGGUGCCGUGAUGAAGAGAUAAUCAGUGUUAUUCACUUUACCUGUCAGUGGUCAUAAUGUUGUGCCUCGUCGGUGUAUGUGUUAGCAUUAUGUUAGCUAGCUAGCAAGCAGUGGUGUUUAGUAACUAAGUAAUAAUACUUCGAUGAUGAUGCACCACCCAAAUAAUACCUACUCUGUAGUGGUCCUGGGAGAGUCCUGACCACUGAAGAACAGCAGGAAAGGGGGCUAACAAUGUAUGUAGAGAAACAAAUGGACUACAGUCAGUAAUUGUAGAACUACAAAGUGCUUCUUUAUGGUAAGUGGAGAUGAUGAAAUGGACAGUGAGUGUAGAAACAAGGAGGUGGUUUUAAUGUUAUGGCUGAUCGUUGUAUUUGUGACUUAAAUGUACAACCAAAUAAGAACAUUGGGACAGUAUGGAAAAUACAAAUAAAAACCAAGCAGUGUUUCUUACAUUUACAA